AUGUCGCAGCAUCAGCACCCAAAUAGCUCAAUUUCAAAGGAGCCACCUCCAUUUCCCCAACGGUUUGAGAAGCGAAAGCAAGAUGCUCAAUUCAAGAAAUUUCUAGAUGUUUUGAAGCAGUUGCGUAUUAACAUCCCACUUGUGGAAGCCCUUGAACAAAUGCCCAACUAUGCAAAUUUUUUUAAAGAUAUUCUUACAAAGAAGAGAAAGUUGGGGGAGUUUGAAACUGUAGCUCUAACCAAGGAGUGUAGCUCAUUCUUGCAUAACAAGUUGCCUCCUAAAAUGAAAGAUCCAGGAAGUUUCACCAUUCCAUGUACUAUUCGAGACUAUUAUAGUGGAAUGGCUUUGUGUGAUUUGGGUGCUAGCAUAAACUUGAUGCCAAUGUAUGUGUUCAAGCAGUUAUGGAUUGGAGAGGUUAGACCUACAACAGUUACCCUUCAACUAGCUGAUAGAUCCCUCGCUCACCCUAAUGGAAAAAUUGAAGAUGUGUUGGUAAGAGUUGACAAAUUCAUUUUCCCUGCUGACUUUAUUGUUCUAGACUAUGAGGCGGAUAUAGAGGUGCCUAUUAUUUUGGGGAGGCCAUUUCUUGCUACAGAUAGAACUUUGAUCGACGUGGAAAAAUGGGAGCUCACAAUGCGAGCUCAAGAUGAGCAAGUAACGUUCAAGGUAUUCAACCCUAUACGUUCUCCAGAUGAGUUGGGGGAGUGUUUGGUCAUUCAUGUCAUGGACUCUAAUAUGGAGGAAGAGAUACCCAUAAAGUAUAAUAAAAGUUUGAAGAUGAAGCUACCUCCUGAAAAAAUUAAGAAAGACAAUGAGCCAUGGAGAAGUGUAAAAAAAGCAUCGUCUCACAUGUAA